CUUCUUCCUGCCCAAAUUUUCAAAAGAAAAAAAAAAUCGGGGGGCGAAACCCUAACCCUAGCGGAGAGGAGAGGAAAGGAGCCGCCGCGAUGGCGGAGGAGGCGGAGGGGAUGGACCGGUUCGACAUGGAAGGGGACUUCCAGGGCGGGCGGUUCGGCCGCGACGGGGAGUUCUACUACCGGAGCCGGCGGGAGCGGGCGCCGCAGACCCGCGACGACGCCAUCUACGGGGUGUUCGCGGAGGGCGACUCCGACUACGACUCGGAGGACGACGAGGGGUCCCGCCGCCGCGGCCGCCGGAAGCGCCGCAGGGACGGCGGCGGGGAGCCGGACCUCACCAAGCCCGUCCAGUUCGUCUCCACCGGCAAGUUCAUGCCCACCCAGGAGCCGGAGCCCGAGCCCGACCAGAGGUCGGGGCUCGGGCGCGCCGCUGCGUCUGCUGCCAAGGAGGAGGAGGCGGAGGAUGAGGAGCAGGACGACGAGGGGGACACCGAGAUGCUGCCGACGAUGUUCGGCAGGAUCAGGGACGGCGCCCGCGCGAGGCGGGAGGAGAAGGAGCGGGAGCGCGAGAAGGCGGCGCGCUGGCGCCAGGCAGCCGGGGUGGGGGCGGGGGAGCCGGCAGCGGCCCUUGGAAGCCUGGAGGCUAAUUCCAAGGUGGCCAAGAUGAUGGAAAUGAUGGGGUACAAGAAAGGAAUGGGGCUUGGAAAGAACGAGCAGGGGAUGACAGCGCCGGUGGAGACCAUCUUGCGACCCAAGAACGCUGGCCUGGGGAGUGUGGAAGGUUUCAAGGAACCCAAGCCUAUGAGGGCUAAGGAGAACUUGCCGGCCCCGACUCCUCCGCCAACAUCAGGGAAGAAGGAGAAGCGUUGGUCCAAGAAGGCUAGCACAAAGAAAGUUCCAGUCUUGACGAAGAAUGAGCUCCUGGCCAUGCAUGCCGAGCAGGAACAGGAGGAGGAGCCCGCAGUUGUCCAGAAGGUGAUUGACAUGCGAGGGCCCCAGGUACGGGUGCUGACGGACUUGAAGGGUCUCAAUAAAGAACAAGAGAUGGAGACGAAUGAUGUGCCAAUGCCGGAACUGCAGUACAAUGUGCGCCUGCUUGUUGAUGAGGCUAGGGCUGAUGUUCUGAGGUUGCAUGGGCAGCUGCGAAGGGAGCAGGAGAAGGUAGCUAGCUUGGUGCGCGAGAAGGAAAAGGUGGCCAAGCAGGAGGCAUUGCAGAAACACCAGCUGCAGGUGAUGGAGAGAAUUGCAGAGACACUGGAGCAGGUCCGCGUGGAUGAUACAGCUGGCGUGCUUACUCUGGAUGGGUUGCUCCGGACAUUCCAUGGCUUGAAAGUGCAGUUUGAGGAGGAGUUCAAGAUGUGCAGCAUUGCAUGGAUUGCUUGCAGAUAUGCUCAUCCGCUGCUAAUCCGAAUCUUCCAGGGAUGGCAGCCUCUGCAGGAUCCGAAGUUUGGGUUAGAUGUCAUGAAAAAGUGGAAGGACCUGCUGCAAGGGGACCAACCAUAUGACUUCUCAGAUGGUUCUGCAUCAAUGACACCAUAUGUGCAGCUUGUUAGUGAAGUCAUCCUGCCGGCUGUGAGGAUAUCAGGAACCAAUUCAUGGGAGGCUAGGGAACCAGAACCAAUGCUCAACUUUCUUGAGUUAUGGGAUAAUAAGAAGUUGCUUCCUCCUAUUUUGCUUCAAUCAAUACUAGAGCAUGUGAUAAUGCCAAAGCUCUCAGCUGCUGUGGAUUCAUGGGACCCUCGCAGGGAGAGUGUACCGAUCCAUGUCUGGGUACACCCAUGGUUGCCAAUGCUAAGAGAAAGGAUAGAGACCUUGUGCCAUUCUAUUCGAUACAAGCUGAGCACUGUCCUCCACGUAUGGCAAGCACAUGAUGCUUCGGCGUAUGCUGUGUUGUCCCCAUGGAAGGAUGUGUUUGAUUCGGCAAGCUGGGAAGACCUGAUUGUGCGGUAUAUCAUUCCUAAACUGAGAUUGGCACUGCAAGAGUUUCAGAUCAACCCAGCAAACCAGAAACUUGAUCAGUUCAACUGGGUGAUUUUGUGGGCAUCUGCAAUCCCAGUGCACCUCAUGGUCCAUAUGUUGGAGGUUGAUUUCUUCAGUAAGUGGCAGCAGGUCCUAUACCAUUGGUUGUGCUCACCAAAUCCUGAUUUCAAUGAGAUAAUGAACUGGUAUAAGAGCUGGAAGGGCCUUUUCCCACCAGAGUUACUUGCCAAUGAGCGCAUACGGAUGCUUCUAACCGCUGGUCUUGACAUGAUGAACCAAGCUGCUGAAGGACUAGAGGUGGUGCAACCUGGGGCUAGGGAGAAUGUGGGCUACUUGAGAGCAACUGAGAAGCGUCAAUUUGAUGCAGCACAGCAGGCUUACCAUGCUGCCUCAGGGGCAGCCAUUGCGGAUUUGAGCUUCAAGGAGUCUAUCCAGGCCUAUGCAAUGGAGCAAGGGCUGCUGUUUAUGCCUAGAGUUGGCAAGUUCUACAAUGGCAUGCCGGUGUAUGAGUUUGGCACCGUUAGUAUUUGCAUAGACUCUGUGAAGCGACUAUUGUAUGCACAACUUCAAGAGAGAAUUGAGAGAUGGAGUGCUGUAACUCUUACACAAUUGAUGGAAAUGAACCGAAUGGGAAGAUCACGCUAAUAUAUCACCUAGGCUUGGAGUUUCAAUUCAAUUUUGUUACUUGUUGGAUAAAACUCUUAAAUGAUGUCAAUGCAUUAGCUUUUUUGAGCUUUCACUCUGUUAAAGAAGAAAGGGUUGAUGGGCAUGAUAAUUGCUGUAUGUUUUGGACUUUUGGUGUGUUGUCUUGCCAGUAUUUAUGCUGAUGUCACCAUCACCAUGAGUUCAGGUGCUUGUUAUGACUUCUUACGUGGGUGCUCUGUUCUAAUUGUUGAAGAACCUAUGAAGUUGCUGGUAUGUGUAAUUACUUUGAACACUUCGUGCCAGGCACUGAAAUGUAUUUUAUGAUAUUUUUAUGGCUCCUAAAUUGUUUAUUCUGUGUAUUUUAUUCUCAUUACCAAAUUUCCUCCCACCAGGAAUGCCACCAAGCAUUUGCCUUUGUUGCACCAAGUGCUUAAAUCCGAUAAAUGACAUGGCUGUUAUAGUUAUUCCAGAAAAGACAUGGUUGUUAUAGUUCUGAUUCUUGAUGAAUUUAUUUAUAUAUACUCAUUGUCAACUGUUGCUUUGACAUACCUGAACUACCUUACUCCAGGAGAAUUGCUGUUGGAUAGCUUUUACUGAUUAUGUUUAAAAUUUAAAUACUUAUAAGGUAAAAAAACUGGUAAUAACUUUUAUUCAGGAAAUCUAUCAUUUGUGUACAAAAGAAAAAAAAUACAGUAAGGCAGUUGUUGUUUAACUUAUGCCCACCUGGAGUCCUGGAUGUUCACAUUAUAACUGCUGGUCAUUCAGUUGAGGUAACCAGCUGAUCACAUAUGUUACCAAUUUGUUGUUAAUGAAGACAGUCAUGUUAAUAUGUCCUAUAUUCCUGGAUGUUCAUUUCAUUGGCUCUUGUUAUUUCCAAGCUGUUCCUCAUUAACUCGAGUUCCUGGUAGGGUUGCUUUACAAAGGGAUAUUGAAUUAUGGAUGCAGUGUUCGAUGCCGAUGUAAGUGAGCUAUCUUCUGCUAUUAACUGAUUUUUAUUUUCUUUCUUUGGUUUGUAGACUGGUGAAACUAGUCCAUCAUUUGUCAUUUGAACUAGUAAUUGAUGUGAACCUGCUUCUUAUAAUGUGUUGAGCAAAAUUUCAACUGUAACAACACAUUAUUUGAUGCUUUGCCAAAAACAAAAGUGUCAAGACAUCUUCAAUCUUUUAAAACCCAUGAUCUUUGUAGUAGAAAAGCAAUCAAUGGAUCUAGCUCUGGGAAAUUUAUGGUACCUGGUACAUGUGUACUUCCUGUUUGUUUCUAAAUUUGACCUGUCCCCUGGAUAGCAUUUGUUGGGAUUCAAAAAGUCAUUCUUCUCCAUCGGUCAUAAUUUAGAAUUUCUGCACGGGUAAUAGUAUAUAAUGUCUUCGCUUUUCAAAAAAAGAAGAAGUAUAUAAUGGCUUCGUUCUACUGUAAGUUUCUUGGUACCUUCUUGAUACCCAUCUGGAGUAGGUAGUUUCUGUUAUUUGACAGGCACCUGAUAUAAGAUCUAAUUACUUUUUCUAUCAUUCAGAGUUGGCGUGACCCUAGAAACAACCAUGCAACAAAGACAUUUAGUCCCAAGCAAGUUGAGGUAGGCUUACCACACAGAUCCACUAGAACAGGGCACAUGUUUAAAAUUUUUUAUUCUUUUUUUGUUUAUACCAUCUGGGGAUCAAAUGACUAUUCAUCUAACUUCAUCCUUGGAGCUCAGGCAGCUUGUAGUCCAAAGAAUUCCAUACCACGAUGUACCUGGGAUAGUACUCAUUGAGUUGAAACCCAAUAUGAGUCACCAACAGAAGGGAAAAGGAUAGAGAAAAAGGAAAUAAACAUUUAUAAUGCAUUAAACAAGGAUUAUACCAAAAAAAGGGUACUGGCAGUUGCUAGAUGAACUUGAUCAUUUUAGACUUGCGCAUCUAGUGUUUCCAAUCAGUAAGAUGAGGCAAGAAAUGGCAGGGGAUAAAAGAUUUUCUUUUCAUGUGAACUGUUAUUUAACCAUGUUAUCCAAAGUUUGAGUUGCUCGAGAUUAGCUUCUUGGAUCAAGCCUCUUGAAUCAAGGACCUUUCUUGAGUGCUUCUAUGUUUUGUGCCAUUUGGUUUCAGGUAAAGGGGAGAAAGGUUCUGAGCACUGUGCCAGUGUUGCUUUGUCAUCCCCAUUUGCGAUCUACAAUGGUCGUUUUGAGCUGGACCUUGGUCAAUCUACAGUUUAUGCUAAUAAUCCUUAUGUUGACCAACACUGUAGCCUGCUUUCUCCCUAUCCAGUGGGAGCAAUGAUUGGAAGAGAAUGACAAGCUUGUCCUGACACCCUUUGAGGAGAAUAUUGACAUCUAGAUCUAGAGACAGCUCUGGAGAGUGCCUCCUUAAUGGUCAGAUGCGGUUGAUUGCUUUUACUAAUCUUUCUUUCUGUCUGAGUGCUCGUACAUAUAUAUGUAGUUGCCCCUUAGUCUGUAUGUUGACGCUUAUUUUUGUUCUGCUGUGUUAUUUUAUAUGUUUUACUUGGAUUGGGCUGCUGUGCUGACCUCCAUCAUGUUCAUGCUAUUUCGAUUGAAGAGUAAUGCUAUGUGAUGUGUUUUUUUCUAUGAAAAUUACUUACUGUUUUCUUUUCUGCCAUGAAGCUGGUUAUGGAGGUUGAUGCUCGAGAUCCCUUAUUCUACCGCUGCCCUGACCUUGAGGGGCUCUCUUCUACAACAGUGCUACCAGCUACUGCAAGUGUGGACAACAGUGAGUUGCUCAAUGCAGGAGACAUUGAUGGAGAUAAACUAAACUGGACCGGCUCUACCGUCCUGACUUUCAGGUCCAUGACGUCUGUGAUCAGGCCGGGCCUCAUGAUCUUGUCACCAACGGCACACUCGCCCUUUAACAUCUUGGCGACCAUUGACAUCGAGGGCCUCAUCUUGGGGCUAUCCUGGGUGCACAGAAGCCCUAUUUUCAGCAACUGACGUGCUUCCUCGGUGCCAAAAUCCCGUUUCAGGGUCCUGUCAAUGAUGCUCUCAAGAUCGCCAGACUCAUAGAGCAUCCAGACCUGACAGGAUAGCAGAAAUUUCUGAUUUCAGAUGCUUCAAAUCGAAAUCGAAGAUGUGAUGGCACUAGCACCUGAGAAGGAACUGCUCGUCAAGAGGUAAGCUGGGAUCAGUAUGGCAUCUGCCGCUGACAAUCUCCAGCAGCAGUACACCAAAGCUGUAGACAUCGGCCUUUUUCGUUAGCUGCCCUCGGAUUGCAUACUCCGGCGCAAGAUAUCCUCUGACAAAAGAAUAUACGUCAACUCGGUUUACCUGAUCAUAUGGUAUAUCAGCAAGAUCGAAGAGGCAUGGAGAUCAACAUGAAGUGAGGCACUACUUACAGAGUCCCUGCAACCCUUGUGCUGAUAUGUGUCAUGUUGCCUGGGAAGAACUUCGCCAACCCAAAGUCUGCUAUCGUGGGGCUGAGGUUUCUGUCAAGGAGAAUGUUGCUGGCUUUGAUGUCACGGUGGACGAUCGGCGGCCGAAUUUCUUCGUGAAGGUAUGUGAGCCCAUCGGCUACACCGAUGCAGAUUUUCACCCUUGUCCUCCAGUCAAAGAUGAUGCCACUUCGCGAAUUACCUGAAGAACACCGUGAUGAAUCAGAGAUCCAGAUUUUGACUGGCCAAACGCAUCAUAGCUAGCACCACGGAAUAUCUAGGUUCAGGCAUUACCGAAAAGGGUCUGUGCAAGGCUGUUAUUCUCCACAUAAUUGUAGACCAGCAUCUUCUGGCCUCCAUCGACGCAGCAGCCAUGCAGUUUGACAAGGUUGUGAUGGGUUAUGUUGGAUAUGACACUCAGCUCAUUCAGAAACUCCUUCGUUCUUUGCCUUGACUCUGAGGAGAGCACCUUGAUGGCAACUUUCUCGCCGUUAUUCAGCUUUCCCUGCACAGUUUACGUCAGAACAAAGGCUGAUAAAAAUAUUGCAGUGAUGGAAGUUGCUCUAGUUUGAAGAACACUGUCAUGUUCUAAUAAUUCAGUAACUGAGGUCCCGUUUGGAACAAGAGUUUUCCCGAUUCCUAAAAUUUCUGGAAGUUCCUAUAUGCCUGUGUUCCAAACAGGAAGACAAUUGGGCAUAUAACACCUAUACAAGAUCUAGAAUCCUUGCUGAAAGUAUGCUACGUCAGAGAUAUUGGAGCAACUGGUAUCUCAACGUCUCAACCUACCAGAUAGACACGGCCGAAGGAACCCUGUCCAAGCUUGUUUCCUGGGCAGAAGUUUCUUGUGGCUUUCCUUAGCUCCUUGAACGAGUAGAUUUUCACGUUGCCAGUGAUCAGGAUGUCUUCAAACAGAAUCGAACGAACUGCAGUAAGGUUCUGAGAUUCUUCAGAAGCACAGUAGUUGGUAUAGAAGUUUACCUUGGUCAUGCUGCACAAUCUGGCUUCUGGAAUUCUUCUUGCUCCGGAACACAGAGAAGCAACCCAUUGCUAUUCUUUACAGCCUCUCGUAUUUGGAAUUGAGAUCUUUAGACAUACAAAAGAGAUGUCGGUAGCUACCUGAGAAAUAAAUUAGUCAGUAGGUUUCAAGAGACCAAGUAUUGGAUGGUGACACUCAGAAGUCAGCAGCUUCACUCUUUCUACGAGAGCUUUGAAAAUAGAGAGUAAUAAUUCGCAGACAAGUUUGCAGAUUCUACAAAGCCCAAACAUCAGAAUGACUGAAGAGUGUAUGGUAACAAGAAAACUGAUUGAAGAAUUUCAUGUUUGAACAACAAAAUUUGAUGGAACAAGAAUGUCUGUUGUCAUCCUGAACACUGAAAUACAGAGUAAACAAAUUUGCAGGAUAGCCUGUAAACUGCAAGAAAUCAAGAAGCCUACAUAUCUAGUCAGAGAAUUGAGCUGAUUUGGCAAACAAGAGAAACAGAGAAGCGAGUUUCACCUGCAGAUUAAUUGAUCAGUGGAAGACUUCACUUUGAUGGGCUGAAGUCUGCAUAAAGAUCCAAGAACACCGAACACUCAGCAAGGAAAUGCUUGGAAGGUAGUAAGAGAAGAGGAUAUGUUUCUGCAAGAAUUGCAAUGGCAGGAGGAGAAGACUAGCUUGGCUUUGCCAUAAAUACAUGACAAUCUGGGCAAGGACCCACUGGGACUGACCAGGCUUGUUCUCUUCUGACCUUGGAGGGUUCAGUUUUCUUGCAACUUGACAAGGUACAGUAUGGAAGACUUGUGCUCCGCUCACACCAGGAACAAUAAAAUAAGCAAGGAUCAGAAGAUGCCAAGAUGAUUAGACAAGUUAGAGCUGCUUCAAUAAGCUGAAAGGUGUGGAUGCUCAGGACCUGUUGGCUUUGCCUGUGAAGCUGCAGUGUUUCUGUUCACAUCUUAAGAUAAAUACUUAAUAGUCACAUGCUGGUUUAUUUAUGCUAAUGAUGGAUUGAUCAUUGAACAAAACGUGUUACUGGAGUACAGUUGUACAGUGUUCAGGUCUUUAGGUGCCAUGUGUGUUCAAAGACCAUAUAAAUUGGUCAUUAUAAAUUACCAUAAGAAAAUGGUGUUGUAAAUAGGAAAUGACUCGGCCUUGAAAAAGCAUAUAGUUUCUGUAUUA